AUGGACACUACCACCAUUGAGAAAUCGAGCAACAAUGCUCGUGACGAUGAUAUCGACGAAGCGGAACACAGGUGCAUACACCUUUACUGUCGUCUCUAUUAUCGAAAGGGGCCCUGGUACCGUGUGGACGACCUCUACUCGCGGUAUUAUGCGCCAAAACAACCGGGGGGCGACCAAGGCGUCGCUGGGCAGCGUCGCAGUACAGUCUUUGAUGAAGGGCUCUUUCAGAAGCACUGUGAGGCUUUGAACGUGUGCUUGGGAGAUGUAACGAGGCUCAAAGAGAUGGGCUUGAUUCGCCAGUUUCUGUCCGAGAAGGAAUGCGGACAAACCGUUGGGACAUCAUGCGGGCCAUUGACGACCGAAGAGAGGAGCGCCCUCCUCGGAAAACUCGGCGGCGGCAAGAAGAAGGCGACAAAGAAAGGACUUCCCAAUGCCACGACGGACCGAGGUGGCAAGACCUCCUCGUCAGCUUCAAGAGAGAACGAAAUCUGGAGACAAAUGCGCCUUCAGAAGUCCCUUUCCGCACACUUUAGACCAUCGAACUCAGCAGAAAAAGGCUCGCUUCUGCCAGUGUUGCGACACGUGAAUCAUCUCCUGGUGGAAAAGCUUGCGGCUCGCGUUGCUCAGGCGUGCGGCUCCUCUCGGAAAGACCACAGGACCCGUGUCAAAAAGACGAUUGCAGGAUUUCUCGCCGACUGCCCGACAAACCCUUUUCUCAACGAACCUCAGAUGAAUGCUUUGUUUGGGAAGUUCGGAAUGUGCGUUCGAUUACGAGAGGCCCCUCUUCGUUCGCUUCAACGAUGUUCAAGGCUCUAUAUGUGUGCUGGAGGUGGGCCUGGGCAAAUGCGUAGUGAUGGUGGCACCAAUGGCUGGAAGAGCAUUUUGGAAGUGGACCUCACGCGUGUAAAGGCAAACACCAAACUGAAAGAUGCGAAAUACGCAAUGAAUGUGGAACCUCCAGGGAGUCAUUCGUGGCACAAUGUGAGGUAUCCGGGACUUCAGCACCGGUUUGGUUUGACAUCGUGUAGUUUUGUAGAGGCUUACCGGCCAUUGCCCCAAGGCGAAGUUCAACUCGGCAAGAAUGAUCAAUCGGAGUUGGCACCAGAACAAGUGUUUGUGUCUAGACAAGCGUUUGCAAGCUGGGAAGUCUGCGUGGAACUGAGAGCUCAUGCUGAUUACCUUAUCGAGGUCAACGAACUUUUGCUGUACAACGAAAGGAAGCGUGCUAGAGAAGAGGUGGCAAACGGAAUAAUGGACCAAGACAAGUCAUCUGAUGAGGAUCAGGAUCGUGAUGGAAAGAUCCCUGCGACAGGGUCAACAUUGGAUUUCCUCAAUUUACUGUCUGUAGAUGGAAGGAAAGCACUGGUGACGGCGUUUAUGGAUUCCGAUUCUCGUCAGCUGAUGCAAUCCACAUCAUACCCUGAAAUUGCGAAGGUCGAACAAGAGCUUGAAGGAGACGUUCAAAACCUUUUCGAGGUAGCUCCAGGUGCCACUUCUCAUCCAAUGAAGACAGAAUGCGAGGAAGUGUUGUGCAUCAUGGCUGCGCUUAUCAAGCACAUUCUCAAGUGGAGAAUUGGCAGUAUCCCUCUUUCUCAUUUGCGAGCUACCGUCUCGAGGCCUUGGUUGCGCCACAUGAGCUAUGAAGCGUGCCUGUCAUAUGUACUUUGGGAUUGUAUACCGAUUUUGGAACGCCGAGGCUUUUAUGCAUUUGCUUUUCAAUCCCUCGAGUUGCUUCGUUCCGGCAGAUGCGUUCCAGAAUGUCCAGCGCUAGCCCAGGGGGGAGUGCUGGGGCAGCUGAAAGUUAUGGCAAGCACCAAAGGGGAACGGUUGAAGGAAGCUUUUGCUCGGUUUCUGCUUUCGAGACGAGCUCGCGGGAAAGCGAUGGACCGCUUGGUAGUAGAUGGAAGCCAUAGCCGCCGAAGCGGGAAAGAAGAAGGGGAAGAAAAAGAAAGGCGCAUCAGGCAACCGCUAUUAAAGACGAUUGAAUCGCUGGAACCCAGUCAGGAGGCUCAAGAGUUGGGCCUUCGCCUGGGGUGCCCCAAGUUAGGGCGGUUCGUUGAAAACGCAAAAAAGUACAGCGAUUGGGUUCCGCAAACAGACCACGCUGUGGCCAAUUCAGUAGCCAUCGAGGAAAGCAUGGUCGGUCGGCGUUGCAGCUUUGUUGGCCACGAAGACGACGAAAAACGCAGCACUCCUUCUUCACUCAAUGUUGAACAAUUAGCAAUGGAGUUUUACGCAAGCGGGCGUUUGCCAAAAGCGCAGAGUGAUGGAGAGGUGAAGGGGGGAUGGAAGGGCUGGCACGACGAAGGGGGGAUGGUUCGCGCACUUUUUCGUGUCCUUUCACACCAUGUUCUCGAGAUGGACUGGGCAUGUCGACAUGCAAUUGAGGGCGACAGUUCGGCGUCGGAGUUGAGCACCAUUCAUCUCUCGCCAUACCAAGGGGCCCCCUUUGAUCUACAUGUUGGCUAUGAGCUUGCGGACGAUCCUUUCCACGGGGUCGAGAGUGCUUUUAGUGUCAAUCGUGGUUUCUACCUUCGCAGGCGGGAAAAGAUCGAUGGCUUUCUGAAAGCUUUGGAGGCAAUGUCACGGCAAGAAGUCAGUGAUCUCGUCUGGCAUUCCAUCUCGGCACGUCAUCGCUACAUGUCUGCAAGGUUUCGAAAAGACCCGUCCAUUGAAAAGGAUGUACUUCAAUGCCGGACGUUGUCGAUGGUGGCAGCAGGCUUUGGCGGGAAAAUGCUAUCAUCAAUGUUUCGCUGCUUCUUCUUUGACUAUCGACAUUACAGCGGCGGCUUGCCGGAUUUGCUCCUCGUCCGAGCCACACAGCAACAGCCAGAAUCCAAAGCCACUCUGGUUGACCUAGGAGAAUGGGUUGGUGAAGCUUUUGAUGCUCAAUAUCUGGCCGAGCUGGAGGCGGAUCAACUUUCCAGCCUUCUGGGUGACAGGGAUGAUGACUUUCUUGGUUGCAACAAAGUGGGAGAUUCCUCGGCAAACUCCCGGGGGAGAUCCAACAUUCGGCCCAGGUCUGGACAACCAAACAGAAGAGAUUCAGCAGCCAACGGGACCAAUACUAACCUCCCUACACUCCCGGCCAGACUCCUGUUGGUACACAGUGGCGCUGAUGUCAACGUCGAAUGCAUGUUUUGCGAAGUGAAGAGUUUAAAUGACCGCCUUGACGCGAGACAGGAGGAUUGGUUAAAUAUCCUGGACCUUCACGGCAAUGCUCGUGUUUGCAAGUUCGGCGACGGGAAAGAGUCGAAAAAGAAGGCAAAGAAGACUGAUGCGGCUACCGAUCGAACCAAGCUUGACUCACAAUAG